UCCCAGAUUACACCUUGAGCAACAUGACAGACAACACCAACCAAGCAUCUUUCCUCGACCAGGCUAAGUCUGCUGCUAGUAUCGCGGGCGGACACGUGCAGUAUGCUCAGGGAGCUGCUGAGAGUGCCAUCGGCUCCACCACUGGCUCCGAGGCUUGGACCAACUCCGGCGAGUCAAUAAAGAAGGACGCCGCCAACAACAUCCGCGAGAGUUUCCAAAACGCCCCCGACGGCGGCAAGGCUGGCGAGCUGGCCCAGGAAGGUAUGUGUCCGGUCUGUAUGGAUGGACUGCGCAGGGACUUUGAAAAGACAGACUGGACAGCAGUCACUGGUGGCAAUUACAACUACAGUAGCUGAUUCUACCCCUGUUCGCUCGCUCGGACUCUGUGGUUCUUUUCUUUGUUGAUAGCUUGCCCGCAGACUGGUGAUGGAGUAGGAGACAAGGCGGUCUGAAGCAUCCCGUCAGUGUAGCAAUGAUAUGACAUUUGUACUCAUUCGAGGAGGAGCGAGUGAGGGCUGUGAGAAG